AUGACGGUCAAUCCACUUUUUGGUCUCCCUCCUAUCCCUCACGAUCGUGCCGACGGUCUUCGCCGCUUCUACCCCAGCUCGCCAACAGCCAAGCCUGAGGACCUCUACCAUGACUCCAUCAACGCCUGUACCCUUCCUGGCCUUCGUUUUAUCCGCAACGACAAUUCCCGCGAGAUGCUCAUCUUCAUUGAUGGCGCCUGUUCGAACAACGGGACACCACAGGCUCGUGCGGGUUACGGAGUCAAGCUGAGCGCUCGUAACAACUUUGGCAGGCGACUCGAAGGCAAUGGUCCCGAGACAUCCAACCGUGCCGAGUUACGCGCUGCUAUUGUCGCACUGGGGCUGAGGAUUUGGAAUGGCGAGGGUUUUGACAAGGUGGUUUUGGCGUGCGACUCGGAGUAUGUGGUUAAGGGGAUAUCGGCGUGGGUGUCCAAAUGGAAAACGAAUGGGUGGCGGACUGCUCAGCGAACUCCGGUGGAGAAUAGAGACCUGUGGGAGAUGUUACUUACGGCAUUGAGGAAGCAAGAUGAUCGAGGAGUGAUGGUUCAAUUUUGGCUGAUUCCGAGGGAAGACAACGAGGCCGAUCCUUACGCCAAAGCGGGCACGCUUGCAGAGAAAGAAGAGAGCAUGAGCGAAGAACAAAGGCUUACGCCGGUCAAUGGAAUGGAUCAAGAAAUCAGAAUUGGUUUGAAGGGAGAGGAAGGAGGCAGAGAAGAUAUAGCAAAGGAAAAAGACCGGCAGCAAGGUACGGCAUCGUGCAAAGUAACAAAUGAGGUGAAUCAUCGCAAUGGAGGCCCACUGCUCAGCCUACCGAGAGAGCUUCGUGAUGAGAUCUAUGGCUAUCUCCUCGCCUCUGGUCAUCUCCAAGUACUAAGAACCUCUCGUCAACUCAGCCAGGAAGCGCUGGAGUCCCUAUAUCCCAAGGCCAUAUUCAGGAUGUAUGUGAAUUCCACAGAUGGUUCUCGCAACAUCAAGCCAAGCGAAAACGUGGCCGAUCAGAUUCAGAACAUAAAAAUUCAAUGGGACCUGUCCGACCACGAUUGCUCACGCAAUGCCCACGAACUCAUUGACUUCUGCCACAAACAAGGAGAAAUGCGAAUGACGUGUCAUGUCAUACUUUUAUUUGGCGUACGGCGAGCGGCACUUCUAAACGCCAACGACAUCUCCGCCCUACGGAGUUCGAGAGUAUUCCGAAAUGUGGUCCUAGAGACUAUUAUCAAGGACUCGACGCAGGAAAUACCGAGCGGCCGUCGUGCUAAAAUGCGAAGUCGAAUCCUCAGCAUGUUCAGAGUACUAAGUGAUGAGCUGGGACUAACUUUGGGACCUGCAGACCACAGGGGAGAUGUAGAUGCACGGCAUCUAGUCUUUCAUCCUCCCAAGAUGUUGGGAACCCGUUUUGAUGAGCUUCCACCUUCAAAUACGGCUUAUUCUUGGUAG